GAAAACGUUUCCAGCCAGUGCCCUGCCAGGCUUCAUGCCUCGCGGACGUCGGACCGCGUUCUCAAUCUUUCGAAAAUCGAACGCCGCGUUUGACAUUUCGUGAUUUAAAACAUAAAAGAUUCUUUUUUCGAAAAAAGAUUACGGCUGCCAUUUUGGUUUGGUUUGUUGAAACAAUUAGUGAAUGAGUUUUGGAUAAUAUUUUUCUGUUGUAUUUGUGUUAAUAUUAAAGAUGUGUGGACAUUAGUGAAAUUGGAUUUUAUGAUACUAUAUAAAUGAUGCAGAAAAAAGAACAUAAUUCAAACAACCAGCUGAAAAGUUCAUCAAAAAACAAAAUUAACAUGUGAUUGCAAAUAAAUUGAAAUACUAGCCCAAAAUGGGUUCUAAUGAAAUGAGCAAAUCUAAAUAUGAAAUUAAUUUCUACCAUAAAUUGAUUAAUAUUCAUAAUUCAGUUGAUAAAUAUCAUUAUACUGAUGUAAAAUUUAAUCAAAAUCCCAGUAUGAAUGUUAAUAAUGAAACAAAAAUUGAAUUUAGUGAAAGAUCUAAUGAUGCAAAACAUAGAUCGCGAGUGACGACUAGAAGUGCCAAUGAAUUGUUCCUUCUGCUGAGGAUACCGAUGAAGAUGAAUGUUUUACUGCUACAAUGUAUGUUCUUUCUAGUACUGACUAGUUCUGUGGAUGCGUAUAGAGAACAGAGAUUUGCCAUUGAACCACAAGAUCAGAGUGCAGUGGUAGGAUCCAGAGUAACCCUGCCAUGUCGAGUGGAGAACAAGGCGGGACAGCUGCAGUGGACGAAAGAUGACUUCGGGCUGGGGACGCAUCGCCAUCUCACUGGUUAUGAGCGAUACAAGAUGAUUGGGAGCGAUGAAGAAGGUGACUACUCCUUGGACAUCAGAGAAGUGACGUUGGAUGAUGAUGCGUUAUACCAAUGUCAAGUCAGUUCUGGAGCAAGAGGAGAACCAGCAAUCCGUUCCAGAUAUGCUCGGCUCAUUGUGCUGGUCCCUCCAGAACCUCCGAAGAUCUUGAAAGCACCUGUUCUCCAAGCAGUCGAAGAUAGAGAAGUCAAUUUGGAGUGCAUUUCUGUUGGAGGAAAACCUGCAGCUGAGAUUACCUGGGUCGAUAAUGAUGGUGGAGUGUUAACACAUGGAGUCAAUUACACUGUAGUGCCAAUGCCUGAUGGACGAAGAUUCACUGCAAGGUCUGUACUUCGAUUGCGUCCAAGAAGACAUCACCACAAUCAGACCCUGACUUGCCAAGCUCAGAAUACUGCGGACCGAGCCUACAGAUCUGUCACUAUUAAAUUGCAGGUACAAUAUGCGCCAAAAGUUCGAAUGUUCGUAAAGUCUGGAGUACUGAAAGGAAAUAUCCAAGAAGGAGACACAGUUGUUAUUAGUUGUCAAGCCAAUGCGAAUCCUAACAACCUUACAUACAAAUGGUAUGUGAACAAUGAACAUAUACCUGGUGACAUCAACAACGAAUUGAUUCUAACAAAUAUAUCUAGAAGAUUCAACGAGGCGACGAUCAAGUGUGAGGUACAUAACUUGGUCGGGAAGAGUGCUGACACGAAAACUCUAGAAGUGGCCUAUGGACCCUCAAUCAAAGUAAGGCCUCAGAAUGUGGAAGGCGAGUCUGGGUCUAUAGCAACACUAUCCUGCAUCGUCGAUGGUCAUCCACCGCCGAAGAUACAGUGGUUACGAUAUGAACAUGAACGAUUUAUUAGAGUUGGCAAAUCACCAAACCUGACGAUCACGAUAUCUCCUCAUUCUGCGGGACAAUACUGGUGUAAAGCAAGUAUUGAGAACAGACAGGAUGUACAAGCUCCUGCCAUCGUUUAUAUUAAGGGACCGCCGAAGAUAAUAUCAAAUCAAACACAGUAUGGUGUCGAGGGGGACAGUGUCAGAAUAGAAUGUGUUUCGUUUGCCGUCCCUAAGCCCGACUACAUUGUAUGGACCUUUGGGGGCAGCGAGAUAAAUUCUUUUCAUAAUCAGGAAUAUGCAUUUUUGGAGGAAAGUCUAACAGAUAGGAUGACAAAAUCGACUUUGAUAAUACGGAGGAGUGAAUCGAAACAUUUUGGCCACUAUAAUUGUACUGUAGUUAACGUGUAUGGCAUGGAUAGCGUCGAAAUUAACUUAGUUCCGGCAAAAACUUUUCCAAUAAUACUUAUUAUUGCUGGGGGAUCAUCGAUUAUUAUUUUCGUAUUGAUAAUAAUGCUGAUCAUAAUGCUUUGUCAUAAGAAGACGAAGAAAGCUGAUGUUAAGAAACCUGAUAUAACGGACUUGGGCAAGACUUGUGUGGAUCAGUUUAAGGAUUGUGAUAGAAGUUCAAAUAUCAGUGAUCUGAAGUUAGAACUUCGGCAAGUUGAAGGCAGUUGUGAUAUGGAUAAUUCAAACGCAGGAUCAGAAACGGACCUUCAUCCGACUCUCCACCUGACAUCCAAUCUAGGUCUUCCCUUAGCCGGUCCCGUACCUCUACCCGACUCAGGUUAUGACAAUGAGCUCAUGAAACAAUACCAGCGAUACAGUGGGGACUUCAAUCAACCCAUCAGUAACUUGAAUUUUAAGCAUCAAAACCAAGGCAAUGGUUACGUCCCAUACGUGGACUAUUCCCGGGACUACGCCCCUCCCGUGCCUUCUGACUCCCUCUCUGGGUCCUUGUCGAGAAGUACUGACGGGUCUACGUAUCCCAGCCACUGUGGGUCCUUGCAUCGACAGCAGAGUUGUGCCAGACUUGGGGGCGUUGUUGGUCCUGAUGUGAUACCCAUGUCAGGACCUGGAGUAGUCCUCACAGGAGAAGACGUGAGAUACGCUGCUACGUACGGCAAUCCGUAUUUACGAGGCAGCGCUCCUGUGGCAUACUUGCCACAGAUGAAUACGAAUCCAGUUGGGAAACCAGCACCGCCGCCAUACUAUUCUGUCAGAAAUCCCAAUCAUCCUCCAGCAGUGCCAUCAGUCACGUCACCGUCAUCAUCAUCGUCUUCGAGGCCGGUCACUAGUCCAAUGGCGUCUUCAUCGUCUACCAAUAGUGGCGCACAGCCUCAAGUGCCUAAAUCGUCUUCGGGAGCUCUGUAUAUUCUUCCGCCGUCCAGUCAAGGAAACUUGCAGUCCAAUCAGAUAACCACCAAAGGUAAUGGUAACCAGUUGAACGCUGGGACCCACGUUUAAUAAAUUCAUGAGUAGUUAGGAGAAAUACAUGAAAUGUUUAAAAAACUUAAUCAGUAUAUAGAUAUUUAUAUGAUAUACGUAAGCUUAAUUAUGAAUCUCGUGUCUAAGACACUAUGAAUUUUUGUGAUUAUUAUUUUUUGA